CUAGCCUAUUAGCUGGAGAGGAGAAUUUACGAGUCUUGUUUGGCCUUUGAGGGAAGAAGACGAGGGGGAGGGUGCUGGGUGAAGGAGAAUGCAGCAGUCACAUUUUUGAAGCAUGCAGAAGAAGCGGGCCGUUUCCGGUUCCUAGGCUGCUGUGUGUGCGUAAGCGCGUCCCUGUGUGUGCCCCCCAUCCGAGGCCAGCAGCCGUAUGGGGAAAGCAUCGGCACACACAGAUGGCAUGGACACUUCCACAAGGUCUGCCGCUCUGCCCUGCCUCCUCCGCCGGAGCCCGUUCGCCGCCGCCGCCGCCGCCUCUCUCUUGCAGCUCCCUCCGCCGCCCAGCAGCACUGCAGCACAGCCCAGGCUGACGGUAUGAGGCUUGAUCCAGUGCAUUUCUCCAUGCUGGUCAUCGGGGUCUCGUUCGCCUGCUACGCCCCGAGUCUCAACUCCCUCCAGGACCAGGCGUACCGAUCAGCCGUGGUCAUCGAGGGCGAGGUGCGCUCCUCCCCGGAGAACGCCUCCUCCCGGGAGCCGUACAGUGUGAAUGUCAAAGUGCUGGACGUGUGGCCCGUCAACAGCGGCGGCCUCGAAAGGGAGCAGCUCGUCACCGUCGGGGACUUCGGGUCCGAGGCCUCAUGCACCACGGUGGAGAAGGACCACAGAUAUAUCUUUUUCAUGGACCCCACCGGGGAGCCCGACGUGUUCAAGGCGUCGUACGCCCCCGUGGACGCCAGCGAGCCGGAGCCGAAGAAGGACGUGGAGAAAGUGUUGUGCGAGGACUGCGCCUCUGCUCCUCGGCUGCGAUUGAUGCGAGGCCAGUCUCUGGUGGAAGGAGACAAGCUGUCCUUGAAGUGUGAGGCGUCAGGGAAUCUGAGCCCCUCCUUCCGCUGGUACAAGGAUGGACAUGAGCUUCAGGGGGGAAAAGACCUCAGAAUAAAAACCAACAAAAAAAACUCCAAGGUGCUGAUCAGUCGAGUGCGUGUGGAAGACUCUGGAUACUACACUUGUGUGGCUGAAAACUCAGUCGGACAGGAAAACGUCACAAGUAUUAUCAGCGUGCAGAUCUUAACCACCACCACGUUGUCUCUGGGUGUGAGUCAUGUGAGGCACUGCAACGACACGGAAAAGGCCUACUGCAUCAACGGUGGAGACUGUUACUUCAUACAUGGUAUAAACCAGCUUUCUUGCAAGUGUCCCAAUGACUAUACGGGGGACCACUGUGAAAACUCCGUCAUGGCCGGUUUCUACAAGCUUCUCAGAAUUGAAUUUAUGGAGGCAGAGGAGCUCUACCAAAGGCGGGUGCUGACGAUCACGGGCAUCUGCGUGGCCUUGUUGGUGGUUGGCAUCGUUUGUGUGGUGGCCUACUGCAAAACCAAGAAGCACAGGAAGAAGAUGCAACAUCACCUACAUCAGAACCAGAAUCAGUGUGUGGAGCAGCCCAACCGCAUGCUGGCCAACGGCCCCAACCACCCUGGGCCUGGUCCCGAAGAAAUUCCCAUGGUUGAUUACAUCUCCAAGAGUGUCCCUACCACAGAGUGUGUCAUCAGCCAUGGAGCUGAAGGUGCCGGCAACUACGCAGGCAGCCGAAUGUCUACUCGCUCGCAUCACUCUACCACUGCCUCGCAUGCAUCAAGACAUGAGGAGCAGACGUGGAGCAUGGAGAGAACAGACAGUAUGAAUUCUGACUGCCAGUCAGGUGGGCUGUCCAGCUCUGUUGGAACCAGUAAAUGCAGCAGUCCAGCUUGUAUGGCAAGGAGGGCGGCCCACUGGGGCUGUACGGAGGUAUCCAGUCCAGGAAUGCAGUACGGGGAUUCCUACGACUCACUAAGAGAUUCACCUCACAGUGACAGGUAUGUGUCAGCACUGACCACACCAGCGCGCUUGUCGCCGGUGGAGUUCCACUACCCUCCGCUACCACCCCAGGUUCCCACCUUCCACAUCACCUCACCCAACACAUGCCAUGCCCUCUCAUUGCCGCCUGCCGCCACAGCCUACCACAGAGAUGACGACCAGCCGCUGCUACGAUGCCCUGAUGAUCGGAGCUUGUACAGGCAGCCUCGGCGACCGCGGCGGCCAUACCUGACAGAGAGCACAGGAAGUCUCCCAUCCAGCCCCUACCGCCUUGCUGACGAAGAGGCCUACGAGACCACCCAGGAGUACGCCUCCUCAAGGGAACCCAUCCGGAGUCGACGCCGCCCGCGGCGCAACCGCCUCAACGGACACGUCUCUCAGAGGUCAGCUGGCCUACGGGACUAUAGGUCAAACAGUUUUAGCCAAUCGGAGGAGGAAGAGGAAGACGAGGAGGAAGAGGACGCUCAAGGGGAGAGCACGCCUUUCCUCAGUAUGCAGAACAUGAACAUGGACCUGCCCUUAAGCGUGCCGGGUUACCAUUCAUCGUCAGGGGCUGACACGCGGACUCAUCGCGGACUCAGUCGGCCGGGGACUCGAAGCAACGGGCAGAGUCGAAACUCUCAGUCGCAGCGUUUCAAGUCCGACCACAUGCCCCUUUGAGACUGGCCUCCCCUGUGCCCCAUCACACCCACCCAUGCAGCCGCCCCACCCACACACACACACACACACCAUACACACACACACACACACACACGUACACACACACACUACUCCACUUCGCACACGCCUCUUCCUUCUUCUGGACUAGAGACCUGCACCAAGGAGAAAUAUUUUUAUUUUGUAUAACAGACAGAUAUUCUAAACAAAUGAAAUAUUUAUUUUCAUUUCAGCAAAAAUUGUCUACUAGCUAACAGCAAAGACUUUUUUAUAACGGGGGUGGGGAAAUAUUUAUAUGUAAAGGUUUUUUGAUUUACAGCAGUACGAGAGAUGAAAAAAUAUGUGCCAAUUUUUUCACAAGUUAGAUAAAUAGAAUAAUAUUGUGGUGCCUUUUGCUGUAUGCUGAAGUCGGAGGUCCCAUUGAGUUUUGUAGCCUUUCUUAUAAAGACUUCUCAUUUUUAUAGAGACCGAUCCUUUUCCUUACUUUUGCUUUGUUUUGUUUUUUCUGAUUUGGGAUCCUCCUCUUUUUGAACUGUGAUCUGAUUAUGUCAUCAUGCAAUAUUGAGUCCUUCUGUGUAAAAGGUGUCUGUUUACAUGGUUUUGAUCCACGCAAAACGCUCGUCUCACAGGGACAUUCAGUCACUGACGCAAUCGCUGGGUAGUUUCGGAUGAACGUGCACCAUUCAUCUUCUCUGUUAGUUACCAGGUUUUUUUUUUGUGGAAUAACGAAUGGGAGCGUGGCAUCAGAUUCUCAUGUACGUGAUCAGGGUGCUGCCAUAUCACAGGGGUUGGUUUUGAGUGUGUGAAAGCGCCUAGAGUCCGUGUGUGUGUGUGUGUGUGUGUGUGUGUAGUGUGUGCAUCUCAUCAAGCCGUGUAUGUUGCGCUGCCAGAAGCUCCAUUGCACUGACCCUCCCCUCGUGAGCAGUCAUUGCCCAGGGAGUCGCCCAUCGAUACCCACCAGUUCAAAUCCAGCCUGACUCUGGCCUCUUGUGGACUGCCAAGCCCACACAUUUCCUAUGCCAGCAGCUUAGAGCCGCACUGUGUCUCAGGACUUCCCCCAUCACAUCACAGCCAAAAGACUGGAGCAGAAAGCGCUUGUCAUCUCAGCCACCGACCGCUAAGUUCGCUGGCCAGAAUCCCAUCGCCAUCGCUCUCCUUGAUCUUAGUCUGAAGCGUAACAUGUCAGGGUUGUGCUUUCUGUAGAAGAUUUGAAGGGAGAUUCAGUUUUUGUAUUUCCAAAAAGGUUGGAAAGUUGGCAUGCAUGUUGCAAAUGACAUAUUUCCACUUCUGUUGCAGGGGAGUAGCAAAGAUUGCUGGGCACCCCCCCCUGCUCACUCUGGGUUCCUCAUUUCUCUUUGUGAUAGUGUAACGGAUGCCAGCUGCUGUGCGGCAGUAAACCUCACUUCCCGUCACCUUGAGAGCCGUGCUGGACUAUGAGUUGACAGCCAGUGGCUUUUAGCUCAUUGACUAGCACUGCUCGAAUAAUUAUCAAUUGGUGGGGAUUUGUUGACUCUGCGGUUGGAGCCCAUUGUUUUCGUGUUGCUGCACGACAGUCAGCACAAUGUGUAAACCUCACUUCCAGACACUUUAAAGGGGACCUAUGAUGAUUCAAAUCUACAUUCAAAGCACUUCACUGUGGUCUAGAUCAGAGGUUCUUAAAUAUUUUUACCUCUGGGCCAAAUGUUUCCACUACAGAGGAGCUCGGGCCUACUCAAAUAUUAACACCAAAUUAGUAAUCUUACUUUUUGUAUUUAUCAAUUACAUCUAACCUAUUUACAGUUUACAACCUUGUCAAAUGAUAUGAAGCCUUAUGUUAAUCACAAAGAUUCUUAUUUAUUUAACACAUAAACUUUUGAUUUAGGUCAGGCUGAUUUGAAAAUAUACUACACAAGAAGGGAAUCCUAAAUAACUGGGGAAAAAAAAUGUGCAUACAUUUAUGUUCAGCUAAAAUAAAUUACCUAAAUUAAUGAUUAAUAUGUUUCUUAACUAAACUGUCAAUAAAAUAAAAAUACAAGUUUCAUCACUUAAAUAAUAUUUUUGCACUUAAGACACUUCUCGAUGACUUUAGCUCCAGACUUCUGUUUGUUUGAGAUUUUCAAUACUGCCACACGUGGUGGAAAAGUAUAUUACAAAUGAGUACCGUAUUUUUCGGAGUAUAAGUCGCACCGGAGUAUAAGUCGCACCUGCCGAAAAUGCAUAAUAAAAAAGGAAAAAAACAUUUAUGUCGCACUGGACUACUAAACUAUGAAAAAAUUGCGACUUAUAGUCCGAAAAAUACGGUACUCCUGCGGCCCAUAUGGACCGCAGCUGGGAAACAUAUAUUUUUCGGCGGCUCUCUAGGGGGCGCUUGCAGUUAAGAAAUGCUGGUCUAGAUAAUAUGAAUUGGAUAGGCUUUGGUAUAAUUUUUGUGUACAUUUUGCUCCCCUGUCACAUUUAUAACCAGUUUUUUUUGCAAGAUGUCUGUAAGCUGUUCCCAGAUUGGGACUGAAACCAUCCACGCCUCGCGUUCUCCAAAAGUAUGUUUAAAAUGUGCACUGUUUUUUUCUUUGAAGUCACGGAUACGAAUGAAACUUCUUAACCUUUAAAUAUAUUUACUUGUCACAUCAUUAGCUGCACACACACUGCUUGAAAAAGCGGAUUUUAAUUGCCACAUGGUGUUUGUGUGUGCAUGCCAAAAUUAGAUAAAAAUACGACUUUAUCCUACUUAAUCUUGUGUUUCCUCAAACCACGUAUUAAUGUCGCCGUCUUUUCCCGUCUGAGUUCAGUGGCUAAUUCAAUUCCGAAGAGGCCCAAAUGUCAUGGAUAAAUAAACUUGAUAAACUAAAUGUAUUAUUACCGUAUUUUUCGGAGUAUAAGUCGCACCGGAGUAUAAGUCGCACCUGCCGAAAAUGCAUAAUAAAGAAGGAAAAAAACAUAUAUAUGUCGCACUGGAGCCCGGCCAAACUAUGAAAAAAACUGCGACUUAUAGUCCGAAAAAUACGGUAGUUAGUAUUUUAUAGACAUAGAGCAGACAGGAGGGCAUGAUAUGAGAAUGAAUACACGGAAUGCAGCAGGUCUGAAAAUGACCGUCAAUCUGUGAUGUCACAAAUGGCCCACUGUUAAAAAAAAAAAAGACUGCAAAACACACCGUUCAGAGUCAUCCAAAACGGCCUGCAAGUUCACGCCCAAAUGCAUGAAUCUUAUGCUUUGGCACGUGUAUCUAACAUUGUGAUAACAUUUAUAAGUCAAAACAAGACUUCAUUCAUCAUAGGUCCACUUUAAGUGUUGACAGGCUUUUAGCUCAUUGACUAGCACUGGUUGAUUAGUUUUCAAUAGGCGGGGAUUGUUGGACCUUGUGGAGCCCAGCAUGUGCAGGACUGGACUGUGCAGGAUCACCACUGUUACACAGUUAACAUAUUGGAAUGUUUGUGAAGCUCUUAAGUGUCGUCACCUUCCAUCGCUGUUAUGGGAAAGAACAUCCUUUGCAUUAAGGAAUGUCUGGAUUUACUUUGAAGCACUUGUGUAACACAAAUUACUGCAUCUUUGUUAUGUAUUUCUAUACUUUUAUCGGUAAACUUCUGUUGCUUGGUCACAUUGACUGGAUGCUCUGUAUGUCUCUUGUCCUCCCCCUCCCACCACCUCGUCCCCACACCUCCAUGUCUUUCUUUACCCCGCAGAGACCUUCAGAAGCAUUGAUGAAUUUAAGGCCACGUCUUCAGAUGACGAUAUAUUAGUGAACAGCAGAGUAAUAGUAGAGAGAUCAUGUCAGAAUAUAAUAGACAGUGCAUUGGCUCUAGAUUCAAUAAUCUUCAUUUGAUAUUGUUUCCACACAGACGAUGCAUGGCUGACAGACAAAAACGUAUUAAAAAAAGAGGAAACCCCUUCAAUUCGGGGGAAUCGUAUUAGAAUUAUUUAAAAUUGCAUUAUUUGGCUUCACGACUCUGAGGUCUGCCUAGUUUUGUCUUCUUCUCACUGUAAUCAAUCUGGGAAUUGCAACGUGGAAAUACUGCAAGUGAGGGUAGUGUGCUUCUAGAGCUAGUUGAAUUGUUAACACUCCCGCCCUCUUUCUCCCCUACCUGUACCCCCAGUUCCCCCUUGACGUACACACACACACACACAGCAUACACAACUAUACACAUACAUAGACACACACAAAGCCACACGUCAUAUCAGUGUAUGCCAACUGCUUUUUUUUUUCCUAACCAACUCCUUUUCUCUUCCGUCCUGCUUCCAUCCCAGACCCUCUCCCCCUGCAUGUCCUAGUGGUACUGGUAGUUGGGUGCAUGGAUUAAAGCAGUCAGCAAACUGUUUCUUUUCUUUCCACUUGGUGAAAAAACUUAAAUGUGUAUUCAUUUUAACAUUCAGCAAUAAAUCCCCUUAUCUU